UGACCAUACUGCUGUACUACUUAACCCCCAAGUGUGCUUAGAUAUGCGUAAUGCUCAUGUGCAACAACCUCUGCAAUCGCAUGUGCUAAGACCCAAUCAAUCUUGUUUAUCGUAUAUUGCUCAUGUACUACUAGUACAUCGGGAGAGUUUAUCGUCAGAUCUCACUCACUCACCCACCGCCGGCGAUUGAGAUGGGUUCCCUGCUGAUACCGCUGGUGGGCAGCGUGGCGGCCAAGGCCGGCGACGCGCUGGUGGGCGAGCUGCUGCGGGCGUGGGGGCUGGACAAGGCCCGCCGAAAGCUGGAGCGCCACCUCGCCGCCGUCCAGUGCAUCCUGCUGGAUGCCGACGCCAAGAGCCGUACAAAUCCCGCCGUCCGCCGGUGGAUGACGGACCUCAAGACCGUUGCCUACCAAGCCGAUGAUGUGCUCGAUGACUUUCGUUACGAGGCCCUGCGCCGCCGUGCCCUUCACAUGCGCUGCCGCUCAACGGCACAUAAGUUGCUAAGCUACUUCACCGUCACUAGCCGAGUUGUUUUCCGUCUUUCCAUGAGCAGGAAGAUGAAGGAUACCCUUGAAAUGAUAGAUGAACUGGUUGUGGAGAUGAACAAUUUUCACUUCCUACAACAUGUCGAGGCACCAAGUGCGGUUCAUCCGCAGACACACUCUCAUGUCGACGAAUCAGAGAUUGUGGGCAAACAAACUGACAAGGAACAAGUGGUGAAGAUAUUGCUCGACCACUCCAACAAUAAUAAAGUUGGUGAUAAUAAGGUCAUGUUGCUACCCAUUAUUGGUAUGGGGGGAAUUGGUAAGACCACCCUUGCUCAACUUGUGCACAAUGAUAAGAGAGUGGUGCAUCAUUUUGAGUUGGUCAUAUGGGUUUGUGUCUCCGACAAGUUUGUUAUUGAAGAAAUAAUCCAAUCUAUAAUACAAGUGACCAAGAUGAAGAAAUGUGAUUUGACUCAGAUGGAGGCAAUGCAGAAGGAACUUUGUCAAGUUUUGGGGAAGAAAAGGUAUCUCCUAGUGUUGGAUGAUGUUUGGAACGAGGAUACACAAAAGUGGGAUGAUAUGAGAUCUUUGUUAUGCUCGUAUGCUGGCUCAGGCAGUGCUAUAAUUGUUACAAGCCGCAGCAAUCAAGUUGCUUCAAUCAUGGGCACCCAUCCUCCACAUCAGAUAUCACUUCUAAAUGAUUAUCAGUCAUGGAAGCUUUUUCGCAGAAACGCAUUUGGAGGGGAAGUGGAGAAGCAAGAGGAGUUGAUUUCAAUGGCUGAGAGUAUUGUCCUCAAAUGUAAGGGGUUGCCUCUUGCUAUCAAGACCAUAGCAGCUUUACUUCGUUCGAAGCCUCACAGUCAAUGGUUUUCUAUUUUGGUUAGUGAUGUCUGGAAAGAUGAAAUUGUCAAAACUUCUGGGAUUAUACCUGCACUACAGCUAAGCUAUGAUCACUUGUCAUCAGAAGAAAAAAUAUGUUUUUCCAUAUUUGCUCUUUUUCCCAAGGAUAGCCCGAUGGAUAAAGACAUGUUAAUCCAGCUAUGGAUGGCAAAUAACUUUAUUGCAUCAGAAACAAGAGGCCAGCAAAUUUUUGAUGUGCUAGUUUCGAGAUGUUUCCUCCAAGAUGUAGAGAUUCAAGAGGAGAGGGUCGCAUUUGGAAAUGCAUAUGGUCUAUACGCAUGUAGUGAUGAAGUGUUCAUGCAUCGACCGACUACUUGCAAGAUGCAUGAUCUUAUGCGUGAUCUUGUUGAUUCCGUAAGCGGAAAUGACUGCUCCAUUCUGCAAGAAUCAUCAUGUCAAGAAAUCGUGAAAGGAUCCAUAGAUGCUAGUUCAUUACAGCAUGAGGUUCGACAUUUGUCACUUGAGUAUGUCAGUGAUAAUACUACUGCGACCAUGAAGGAAAUUCUUGCUUCCCGUCCCCGCACCAUAUUAGUUGGAGGAGAGAAGGGCUUUAGUAGGACUUCUUUGCGUAUUGCCAAGUCAAAAUUCAUGUCAUUGCGAGCAUUGAAGAUAUUCUCAAUCAAUACACAUAUGUCAAACUCAAAGCAUCUUCGCUACCUUGAUAUUUCUCGUUCCAAUAUAUCCGCACUGCCUGAAGCCACUACCAUGUUGUAUAACUUGCAAACACUGAGGCUCAAUUAUUGUGGUAGACUGAAGAAAUUACCCGAAGGAAUGAGAUAUAUGAUCAGUCUUCGACACAUCUUCCUCGUUGGAUGUUUCAGUUUGAAGCGCAUGCCAGAAGGUAUUAGUCGGCUGAAUUCUCUACAGACAUUGACGAAUUAUGUCAUUGAUAGUGAUGUAGGUCGUGGAAUUGAUCAAUUGAAAGAUUUGAAUCUUAGUGGUUCUCUUUCUUUGACUGGGUUGCGAAAAGUGCAUAGUGCUGAAAAUGCUAAACAAGGCAAUAUCUCCGCAAAACACAAUUUGAAACGAUUAUCACUCAGUUGGAAAAAAAGCAUACCUGUUGGAUAUGAAGUAGAUACUAACACAGAAGGAAUAUUAGAGGCCCUUCGUCCUCACAAAAGGCUUGAAGUUUUAGCAUUAUCUCAUUAUAACGGUGCUAAAUUGUCAACAUGGAUGCACAACUCAACACUGUUAGAACAUCUUUGUGAUCUUCGUCUGAGUAGCUGUAGGAACUGCAAGGAUCUUCCACCAUUAUGGCGGCUACCCUCUCUUGUGUACUUGAGUUUGUAUCAGAUGCCUAGAUUGACAAGUAUAUGUGUUGGUAAUGAUGAUGUGGAAACCUGCAUUGCUACACCACCCUUCUUUCCUAAAUUGGAAACCUUUAUACUUUACCGCAUGAGUAGCCUAAAGAGAUGGCGGCAAGAGAUGGCAGGACAAGUAACACAUGUAUCAUUCCCUCAGCUCAAGAAGCUAACAAUUAUUGAUUGUGAAGUGCUAGAGACACUACCUCAGGGACUCCUGCAGCAGCUCCCAGCCCUCGAGGAACUAUUCAUUUGUCAAUGCAAUUACUUGGUGGGAGCCUUCUCAACCGGAGGCGCUUACUGGAAUUUGGUUGAAGGAAUUCCAAAGAGAAAAGUUGAGCCUUACUCAGUUUUGGUUGACCGUUACUGGUACUGAGGACUUCCACGGAGACCCAGGUGCAAAAUGCUUGGCUUGACUUUUAUUGGGAUGGCCGAUGGCCUUCCUCGUUCAAGAAUUGAUGUAUUUGUUGAGUCCGUCAAUUAUACUCCCUCCGUUCCAUAAUAUAAGUCUUUUUAGAGAUUUCACUAGAAUACUACAUAUGGAUGUAUAUAGA